CAUUUUAAUAUCAACGUUAACUCCUCAUUAUCCAAAUCCAGUACGUCUCUCUAUAUAUACUCAAAGUAGUAAUAAUAGUGCCGUAUCAUCUUCUCUCUAAAUAUCUCUUCCGUCUCAUUUAUUCAUUGACCUGAAAAUAAUAUGGCGAGAACAGGUUUUAUAGCCAUGAAAACUGAUGAACAACCCACUGGAUUAAUCACUUCUGAUCUCCAGGAUCUCAAAUUAGCUGCUAAGAAAUUUGCUAAUGAUGUGAUCAAGCUUGGUGGGAUCGGAAUCGGAGCUACCUUCUUCCAAUGGGUAGCUUGUGUCGCUGCUAUCUAUUUGUUGGUCUUGGAACGAACAAACUGGAAGACAGAUAUGUUGACUCAACUUUUGAUCCCUUAUAUCUACUUCAGUCUUCCUGACAUAAUUUUCAACACAUUAAGAGGAGAUGUAGGAAAAUGGAUUGCAUUCGUUGCAGUCGUGGUGCGACUCUUUUUCCCAAAGCACUUCCCAGAAUGGUUGGAAAUGCCUACAGCAUUGAUUCUUCUGUUGGUGGUGACUCCUCAUUUGUUUGCUCACAGCCUAAGGGUUCACUGGGGUUGGAUUGGUGUUGCAAUUUGUCUAGGUAUCGCAUGUUACUUGCUACAAGAACACAUCCGAAAAUCAGGAGGUUUCAGAAACUCCUUUACUCAAAGCAAGGGUGUUUCAAAUACAGUUGGAAUCCUUCUUUUGAUGGUUUACCCAGUCUGGUCACUUCUACUAUGGAUCCUCUAGAGUUGAUCGACCUUCUUUUUAAUCUUCAAAAGCAGUGCAUUAAUUUAUCUUUCCUUCUGUUCGAGUGUGUGCCGUUGUGUGUAUUUAUUGUACUUGUAAACCUGCAAAUGAGUGAUGAAUUUGAUUUACUUGAAUGCACCGUGUAUCCGUAAUGUUGUUUCCUUGGAUAGCCAUGUAAUUGUACCAUGUAUUCCGUGGAUGGAAAUAGAAAAUAUUCUUUCAUUCCCUUUC